CCUCUCGUGGCUCGUGCUGCAUCUCCCAGCCCUCCUCCUCUUGCAGACCUUGAAGCUCUCGCGACCAGACCGAAUCACUUCGGAGUCUACCGACAGUACUAUCGAAGCCCACGACGUGAACCAGAUGACGAGGCUAGCAUACUACAACUCUGUGAUGAUACUUUACGGGCUCCUCAUCAACCACAACCUGCUGGGCAAUCUGUUCGCGGGUUUGGACGCGCGAUCGUACAGCGCGUGCGCUCAGCUCCACGACCAAAGCCCGGAUCGCUGAGACCAGCUCGCUCCAACUGGUUCUUCCCGUUCUUGAACCCGAGCGCAUUUCUCCUUAUGGAGUGGGCGCAUACAGGCUCAAAUCUGAAGUCGAAUGCCGAGGUCCAACGCCUCGUCGACGAGGUCCUCAUGGAUAAAGAAUUCGACAUCGAAGAACUGCGCGGCUUCAAGGUUGCACGUGAGACAGCAAGGUUGGAUGCGAUAGAUGUUGCCGAUGAAACAUUGCGGACGGUCGACGGAUGGCGCAGGGUGGCAAUUACUGUGCCAGUGCCGAAGGAGCGCGUCAAGUACUCUUCUGAGGCGGAUGCUCCGCACUUCGUCAUCGACAAUGUCUACAUCCGCUCCCUCGUCGACACUAUGAAGGAGGCUGCGAGCGAUCCUGAUGCCACGACGUACAACUGGAUCCCCUACGAGUACCUCUGGAACCGCCCUGUUGACAAUCCCUUGACUGAUGCGCAAGGGAGACCGCUUACGGAGAAGGUCCGGCUUUACAGCGAUGUUUGUGACUCUCAGGAGGCUCUUGACGAGGAUGCACGGAUCCGUGCAUGGGCUCGAGAGCACUGCAAUGACCCGCCCGACGUUGAAGUGGCCAUGGUACCCAUCAUGCUCUGGUCCGACUCGACUCACCUUGCCAGCUUCGGAUCUGCGUCUCUCUGGCCUAUCUAUGCGUUCUUCGGCUUCGUAUCCAAAUAUGUGCGUGCAAAGCCGAACUCAUUCUCUGCGCAUCAUUUGGCCUACAUACCCAAGCUUCCUGAUGCCUUCCAAGACUGGUACGAAGAGGUCCACGGGAGUCCUGCCACAGAGAACACCUUGCGAUUCUGUCGGCGAGAAGUCAUGCAUGCCAUCUGGACCCUUCUCAUGGAUCCCGAGUUCAAGAAGGCAUACGAAGAAGGAUUGCUGUGGGAAUGUGGCGACAAGAUUCUCCGACGCCUGUUUCCGAGGUUUUUCACAUACUCUGCGGAUUAUCCGGAAAAAAUACUUCUGGCUUGUACUCGCUAUCUCGCUCAAUGCCCGUGUCCGCGCUGUUACGUCAAGAAAUCCGACUUACGACUGAUGGGAACGAGCAGGGACAUGAAGCAGCGGCGGAACCAUAUCCGCGUCGACACUGAGCCUAUCCAAUAUGACAUCAAUGCAACGCGGAGCUGGAUCUUUGAGGAUGGGUACAGCGCGAGCAGCAAACGCAUAGAUAAGGUGCUUGGACCACGCUCACUCCUCCCAAUCCGAAGCGCAUUCUCAAGGUUCUCAGAGAGUCUGCCGCGGCCACUGCGCUUCAACCAUUACCGACUUCUCGUUCCCGACGUCAUGCACGAGUUUGAGCUUGGAGUAUGGAAGGCUGUUCUCAUCCAUUUACUUCGCAUUCUGUAUCUGCUUUGUCGUCUCUCGGUUUUUAACCGAAGAUUUCGUAAGAUCCCAACGUAUGGCUGCGAUACAAUCCGGCGCUUCAGCAACAAUGUUUCUGAUCUCAAGCAGAUGGCCGCGCGUAUGUACGAAGACAUCCUGCAGUGCAUCAUGCCUGUCGUUGACGGCAUGCUCCCUCCACCUCACGAUGAUAUCGUGCUCGACCUUCUGUUUGCUCUCGCAGAGUGGCAUGCUUUUGCGAAGCUUCGCCUGCAUACCGAACGGACCCUCAGCCUCUUCGACGAGUCUGUCAAAGCUCUUGGCAAGGCAAUGCGCAGGUUCGAGACGAUCACAUGUCCAGCUUUCGACACAAAAGAGCUUCCUCGCGAAGUCGCCGCUCGAGGUCGUCGGCAGUCUCGCAAGGCCGCGGGAGGUGCUCGACGUGCCAUGUUCAGCCUGUGCACCUACAAGUGGCAUGCCAUGGGAGACUACCCUGAUAUGAUCAGGGCAGUCGGGACACCCGACAUAACGUCAACACAGCAUGGCGAGCUUGAACAUCGUCGCAUCAAGAGGUUCUUCCCUCGCACGAACAAGAACAACUAUGCAGCUCAAAUCGGCAAAAGGCAGCGGCGCGAACGUCUUCUGCAUCAGAUCAAGAAGAAGCGCAAUAUAGUUAGGGGGCAGCACUCGCAGUCGUCUGCACCCAAGGCCCGGCGGCCUGCGCAAGAGGAACAGGCAGCAAGGCCAGGUUCGAGGACCCGACUUGAAGUCCCCGACAGGCGCCGCGGCGCAGUGCUCCCGUUCACUGACAGCGAAUUCCUGCCGCCCACGCCGCCUGACAGUCGAUACCAGAUGUCAGACUCGCAGCGUUAUUGGGAGAACAUUCCCAUGUGGCAGGCAAAGAAUCGCGACGAUCCGGCGACCAAGGACUUCAUCCCUCACCUCAAGGAUCACUUACUCGGACGGCUACUGAACCGCGAAUACAAUGGCGACGAGGAUGUCUUUACACCAGCAGAUCGCCGCCGCCUUAGUAUCGAGAAGGAUCGCAUGUACCUUCACAAGGUUCUCCGGGUCAACUACACCACUUACGACAUGCGGCGCGGUCAAGAUUCGAUCAAUCCGAGGACUCACCCGAAUAUCAUGCUACUUGCUCAUGAAGAUGAUGACGACGCAGGCGAGCACCCUUACUGGUAUGCACGAAUCCUUGCCAUGUUCCAUGUCCAUGUGCGGCUCGCCUCGGGAAGCCCAUCUGUGCCUGACAAGUGUCAGAAGAUGGACGUUCUCUGGGUACGCUGGUAUGGGCGAGACCCUACAGCACCUGGGGGAUUCAAGGCUCGUCGCCUACAUCGCUUGGGCUUCGUUCCAGAUGAUGAUCCUUACGCAUUCGGCUUCCUCGAUCCCACGUCAGUCUUGCGGGCAUCACAUAUCAUACCAGCUUAUGCAUACGGACAAGUAAGCGAUUUAUUACCACCGUCGCCAUGCGCUCGGCGUCCCGAGGAGGAAGACAUGGAUUACAUGUACUACUACGUUGGCAUGUUCGUUGACCGGGAUAUGGUCAUGCGUUACUUGCCGGGAGAGGCACCCGGGCACCAGGGGACCGUGUCGCAAAAGUAUAGGGAUGGGCUGUUCAGAUCGGAGGCUGAGCCUGACGAGGUCAUGGCAGAGGAUCAGACUGACACGAUUGCUGAGCAGGAACACGACAAUGUCUCCUUUGCACAGCAUGAGGAAGGACAUGACUCGGAGGACGAUGAUGGGAGUGUGGACGGUGCCGGAGACCAUGACGACCACGAGGAGCAUGAUUAUGGCUACUGCCCCGAUGGUGACGAAGACGAAGAGAAUGACUUGGAGUGGGAAGACGAAGACGAGGACGAGGACGGAGAUCUUGGCCCAGAAGAUGGGGAGGUUGACGAUGAUGAUGAGUAUGCACAUACUGGCUUUGCACAUCUAUGACUGUUGGUACCUAACUCACUCAAUACCACUAUUCAAUGGC